AUGACUUUUCGUUCAAAUCGUAAAAGGGUGAAUCGUUUACAAUUAGGGAUAACAUCAUGUCAGAAUGUAGGGAGGAAUGAGAGAAUUAUAAAUGCUGACCAAACGUUUUCUCCAGACUUGCGUCAUUGGCGUGAUGUUUUCUGGUUAGCCAUAUUUAUAAUUCAUUUGAUUCUGUUAGGGUUCGUGCUCGCUGUUCUUGGACUCAAUAGGUUCAGGACAGCAGAUAGGCUAAACAUUGAUAGAUAUACUAAUCGGGUUUGGGAGAAUAGUAAUGGAUUGACAGAGACUUAUUGGACCAAGUAUGCUGUUGCCGGUGGGAUUGGGACUGUCAUUGGAUGUCUUUGGUUGUUGUUGCUUGGUUCUCGCGCGAAACAAAUGAUGAAGGUUUCGGUUCACAUUUUGACUACAUAUCUUGCUGUGAUUAGUGUUUUAUGUUUCUGGUGCGAACUAUUUUUCUGGGGUGUGGCAUUUGCAACUGGUGCUGCGGUGCAGUUCUUGUAUGUUAUAGCAGUUAUAGACAGACUUCCAUUCACCAUGCUGGUCUUGCAAAAAGCUGUCAAAUUGGUAUGGAGUCUUCCUGAAGUUAUGCGAGUAGCAUAUGCGUUUAUUGCUGUCAUGCUUUUAUGGAUGGGCAUAUGGUCGUUUGGAAUAUCUGGUGUUGUGGCUUCAAGCAGGGGUGACCUUGGACGCUGGUGGCUUCUUGUGGUACUCUCUGUAAACUUAUUUUGGACUGGUGCUGUUCUCUGCAAUACUGUACAUGUUAUAGUGUCUGGUCUUGUGUUUCUUGUUCUUAUUCAUGGUGGUCGAAAUGCUUCAUCAAUGCCUCCCAACUCAUUGAUGAAAUCUCUACGGUAUGCUAUAACAACAUCUUUUGGAAGCAUUUGCUACGGGUCACUUUUCACGGCUGCUAUUCGGACUCUGCGAUGGGAGAUCAGAGGAUUUCGAUCAAAAAUUGGCAACAAUGAGUGCUUGCUUUGCUGCGUUGAUUUUUUGUUUCAACUUGUGGAGACCCUUGUUCGAUUUUUCAACAAAUAUGCAUAUGUCCAGAUAGCUAUUUAUGGAAAAGGUUUUAACCGAUCAGCAAGAGAUGCCUGGGAGUUAUUCCAGUCAAUAGGAGUUGAAGCACUAGUUGCAUACGAUUGUUCCGGUGCCGUUCUUCUGAUGGGUACUAUCUUGGGUGGACUUAUCACCGGAACUUGUGCCGGGGUUUGGACUUGGAUUACAUGGAAGGACAGAGUGAUCAUGGUGGGGUCCACUGCAAUGUUGAUGGGGAUGGUCUUGGUGGGACUCGCAAUGGUUGUUGUGGAAAGCGCUGUUACAUCUAUUUACAUCUGUUAUGCAGAGGACCCUUCCUUGAUUCGAAGAUGGGAUCAUCAGUUCUUUAACCAAAUGUCAGAGACACUGCACCAGCGCCUUCAACACAGAAGUUCUCGAGCCAGGGAAGUAUUGACUCACAACCAGCUUGACAGCCGCAUGCAAGACACAUUCCAUCUUCGACAACUCGACGUGCCAAUCCAAAUAUAAUUAACUUUGUAUUAACGUUGCCAAGGGAGCGAAGCCUUGUAUUAUUAUCAUGUUCCAGAUUAUGGCUCCCGGUGGUGAGUUUAUUAAAGGCUCGCUGCUGGUUUACCAGUGGGAGGUUUCAAUGCAAAAAGGUUGAGCACAGAUAUCUAGGGUGAAAGUGAACCAGAAACUUACCCUUUUCAAUAGGCUUGCCAAAAAAUAACGGGAUGGUCCAUGAGUAGAGUAAGUGGACACUCAAUUUAUCCCCAAAUGCUGGUGGAAAUAUAUUUGUUGCGAGUGAUUUUAUGAGAAGAAUACAAGUUUCAGAUGCAACAAUUGGUCUGAUGAUGAUGAUGAAGCAACAAAGGCAGGUCCCCAUUCCUUUGUUUUUUAUGCAAAU